AUGUCGAACAAUGAAAUAUCCAUUGAGGCAGCAAAAUUGUGGCGUGAACUAUCCUCGGAAGAAAAAGAAAGGUACGACCGCAUGGCCGAAAAUGCAAAGAAUGAACAUAAAAAAAAAUAUCCAGGUUACAUAUUUUGUCCAGAAAACAAAAAACAAAAAAAAAGAUUGAAGAGUAAUAAUAGUAAGAUGUUCAACUCAUUCAAAGUAGAAAUUCUUGCGGUCAAAAAAAAUUCUCUAGCUGAAUCGAUAAAUAAUGUUAAUAUUAGAUCUCCAACAGUCAGUAAUAAUUCUUUUUCAACUCGUGCUAAUAAUAAGUUUAAUAAUUUGAUUUAUAAAAACACCCCUAACCCUCAUUUUUCCGAGGCUGCCGCUUUUCCAAAUUCAGCUUCAAAGAAUACUUCUAGUCCUCAUUUUUUCGGGGCUGUCGUCUCAUCACUUCAAAAUCCAAUUGGUAUUCAUAACCCUCAUUUUUCCGGCGCUGCCGCUUCAACAUCAAGUGAUAUUUAUGGCCCUCAUUUUUCCGGGGUUGAUGUCUCUUCAUAUCAAAGCCCAAUUGAUAUUCAUAACCCUCAUUUUUCCGAGGCGGUCGCUUCUCCGCAUUCUACUUCCAUUAGUAUUCCUGGUCCGCAUUUUUCCGGGGCUGCCGUUUCUUCAUAUAAAGAUUCAAUUUAUAUUCUUAACACUCAUUUUUCUGAGGCGGCCGCCUCUCCGCAUUUAACUUCUAGUGAUAUUUCUAGUCCUCAUUUUUCCGGGGCUGUCGUCUCCUCAUAUCAAAAUCCAAUUAAUAUUCUUAACCCUCAUUUUUCCGAGGUGGCCACUUCUCCGCAUUCAACUUCCAGUAAUAUUUCUAGUCCUCAUUUUUCUGGGGCUGCCGUCUCUUCAUAUCAAAAUUCAAUUUGCAUUCAUAAUCAUCAUUUUUUCGAGGCUUCUGCUUCUCCGCAUUCAACCUCUAGUAAUAUUUCUAGCCCUUAUUUUUCCGGGGCUGUUGUCUCUUCAUAUCAAAAUCCAAUUUACAUUCCUGACCCUCAUUUUUCCGAGGCUAAAGCUUCUCUGCAUUCAACUUCAAGUAACAUUUCUAGUUCGCUAAGUUUGUCCGGGUCACCAUCGAUUAGCAGAUUGAAUUUUAACACCAACGAUCAACUUUUUUCGACUUUAGAAUCGUCAACAUAUUUGGCUUCAAAUGACACUCGACCAUCAACUUUAUUUGAUCGAGGUCCUUACAUUACCGGCAAUUCGCUUUUCGAAAUUCCGAUGGUUGAACGUAAUAAUUGUACUGAAACGGAAACUUUUUCAAGCGUGCUAAAAAACCAUACUUCGGAUGUCUCAAAUUCGUACAGUUAUGUUGAGGGAGAUCAAAACUCGAAUUUUAAUACAAACAUUUUGGGGUCUAAUAAUGAAUUUCCCGGGUUAUAUAACCUUACGACCAUUACAAGCCCGGGAUUCGGUAUUAAUGACAACAAUGACAUAUAA